AUGGAAUCCACCACGAAUCCAAUCUACACUCCAAGCUCAACCGGAGACAGUGGCAGUGGUGAUGGUGCCUGCACCGGUGAAUCGACCAAACUCCCCCUAGACUCGCCACAAGGCAGCGAGAAGGACGAUUGCGUUGACUUCGGCCAAGAACAAGAACCAGAGUCAAAUGAAGCUGUUGACACUGAGAGUGUUUCAAAAUCCGUAGCCAGGAACCAAUCCCCUGAAACUGCAGAUGUAGUUAGUGCAAAGGAUUUAGAGACAGAACCUGAUUCAUUGAACGAUAAUGUGGAGAUUGUGAUUAAGAACCAGCAUAAGUACUACAUUUACUGCCCCUGCUGUGGUGAAGAUAUCACCAAGACAGUCAAGCUCGUGAAGAAAUCAGAUAUUCAACUCGCAGGAAACCGUGACGCUGAGAAUGAAGCUGUUGACACUAAGUAUGGUUCAAUAUACGAAGACAAGAAGUCAAAGGCUCCAUCAUGGUUCUCUGUUUAUCUUCAGAAGCGGUUACCUUCUGCUUAUGGCCACAACAAAGACAAAGUUCCAAGCGAGAAAGGGGUUGACACAAAGUCAACAGAGUCUUGUAUCGGUAAUGAGGAACCGAGCAUCAGUGUCGUUAUUGAGAAAGACAGACCGAGAUUUCCGAAGUGGUACAUGGACGUUUUUGCUUGGUUGUUCCUCUGUGUUAUCAUUGCUCUUUCUGUCUAUUCCACUUCUCCACUACAGUCAUUACCUUUCAUGCCACCGCAUCUGGAGUUGCCUUCUGUGUCUUCAUUGUCGCUUCCUUCCGCUUCUAUACUUUUGAUAGUUCCCACGUUUGUGGUGUUGCUUCUCGUAUUUUUGGCAAUGAGGUCCCGUUACAGUUCGAUAUAUCACAAAGAGAGAGGCGACAAAAGGGUUGAUUCCAAUUCUACUGAUACCACUAGUAAAGAACAGAGUAGAAAAACCCAAAAUCAAGAUGACGAAACUGCAGAUCCUACUCAAGAUUCUGACAAGAAAACAGACAACCAAAAAAUUCACCCAAUCCGGAUAGAUCUUUCACAAAAGGAGCAACCAUCUAUGCAAACUGUCAAUAAGGAAACUCAUGAAAAUGCAGAGAGUGGCACACCAGCAAAAACUCAAGCAGAACCUGGGCUGCUACCUAAUACUAGUGUUGAACCUCGCAAAGGCGGUAAGAAACUCGAAAUCCUGAAAAGUACUGUGUAUGGAGGUCUAACACAAUCCAUCACAAGCCUUUGCACAGUAACAUCUGCGGCGGCGUCUGGUGCUUCAACUCUGAACGUUUUGGCCUUGGGAGUUGCUAAUUCGUCAAGCGGUCUUCUUCUGAUCGUUCACAGCCUCCAAGAACUGAUAAACGAGAAACCCAGAAGACGAACCAACACUGAUGAUCAGAAAAAAUCGGAAGCAGGCGAAGAAGAAGAAGAUCGGUACGAGGAAGUCCUCGGAAGAAGAGAGAACUCGAGGCUUCACAGAUUGAUCGCGAUCUCGUCUUUCGUCGUCUGCGGGCUGAUCCCACCUGUGGUAUACGGAUUCUCGUUUCGGAGAAGAGUCGAAAAGAGACAAGAGUACAGGACUCUAGCUGUUUACGCAGUGUCUCUAGUCUGCGUCGUCUUGCUCUCGAUUGCGAAAGCUUACGUCUCGAAGAGACCCGAGUAUCUCAAGACUCUGUUUCGGUACACGGCAAUGGCGACGACGGCGUCGGGAUUGUCUCAAUUUGUGGGAUACUUGGUCAGUCACUGGCUUGAGAAAAGCGGGUUUUAUGAUGAUUCUCCAUAA